CAGGCUGUUGUGUAUCACUGGCUGUACCUCUGAGUACACAUAAUACAGGAUCAUGAUUUGCGUGGCAGAGGUCACCUGGCGGUAAUGUUUGUGUGGAUCAGAGAAAGGAAAACCCUGAUUGGUCCAGAGCAGUGAGCAAGAAGUGUUGGCCUCAGUCCUUCUUCCAGCUUGGCACAAUGGGAUCAUCCACACUGGGAAAGGCAGCAUCUCUUGAUGCUAUCUUAAAUGAAUGCAUUCAUGCAUUUGAUGACAAUGGGGAGCUGCAGGCCAACCUACUUCCUCGCAGCCUGCUGCUGAUGCAUCGCUGGUACGUUAAAUCAUCAGAACUGGCAGGAAAACUACUAAUAAUGUACCGCCACUGCAAUGGUGACAGCUGCCAGAGAACCAGGCUGAAGAUCUGUUAUUUAAUGAGGUACUGGAUAGUGACGUUCCCUGCGGAGUUCAACCUGGACUUGGGUCUGAUCAGGAUAACAGAGGAGUUCAGAGACGUGGCUGCUCAGCUGGGCUGUGAGGAGCAUUUCAAACUCAUUGACAUCUCCACCAUUCCGUCAUACGACUGGAUGCGUAAACUGACCCAGCGGAAGAAACAGGCAAAGAAAGGCAAGGCUUCACUGCUGUUUGACCACCUGGAGCCCAUGGAGCUGGCCGAACAUCUCACCUUCCUGGAGUUCAAGUCCAUCAGGAGGAUAUCGUUCACUGAUUACCACAGCUAUGUGAUCCACGGCUGCCUGGUGGAAAACCCCACUCUGGAGCGCUCCAUUGCUUUGUUCAAUGGAGUCUCGCAGUGGGUCCAGCUCAUGGUGCUCAGCAAGUUAACACCUCAGACCAGAGCAGAGGUCAUCACCAAAUACAUCCAUGUGGCUCAGAAACUGCUGCAGUUGCAGAACUUCAACACUCUAAUGGCGGUGGUGGGGGGGCUAAGCCACAGCUCCAUUUCUCGACUGAAGGAGACUCACUCUUAUCUGGCUGCAGAUGUCGUGAGGAUCUGGAGUGAGAUGACAGAGCUGGUCUCUUCCAACAACAAUUACUCCUGUUACCGAAAGGCCUUCAAUGAGUGCCAGGGUUUUAAAAUCCCCAUCCUGGGCGUGCACCUCAAGGACCUCAUCGCAGUGCACGUGGUCUUUCCUGACUUUGUUGAUGACAGUAAUAAGGUGAACCUGGUGAAGAUGCAGCAGCUCUACAUGACCUUCAAUGAGCUGGUAUCGUUGCAGAGUGCUGUGGCCCAAGUGGAGCCCAACAUGGACCUCAUCUACCUGCUAACGCUUUCUUUAGACCUUUAUUACACAGAAGAUGAAAUUUAUGAGCUGUCAUUGCUAAGGGAACCACGCAACCCCAAAUCAUUGCCUACCUCUCCAACAACUCCCAACAAGCCCCUGGCUCCACUGGACUGGGCCUCUGGUGUCACCACCAAACCAGACCCAUCUGUGGUCAAUAAACACAUCAGGAAAGUGGUGGAUUCUGUGUUCAGGAAUUAUGACCACGACCACGAUGGUUACAUUUCUCAAGAAGACUUUGAGAGCAUCGCUGCUAACUUUCCCUUCCUGGACUCCUUCUGCGUUUUGGACAAAGAUCAAGAUGGGUUGAUCAGCAAGGAUGAGAUGAUAGCAUAUUUCCUUCGAGCUAACCCACUGCUCCAGUGUAAGAUGGGACCAGGAUUCAUCCAUAACUUCCAGGAGAUGACGUACCUGAAGCCCACCUUCUGCGAACAUUGUGCUGGAUUUCUCUGGGGAAUCAUCAAACAGGGCUACAAGUGCAAAGACUGCGGCGUUAACUGUCAUAAACAAUGUCGGGAGCUGCUGGUUCUGGCCUGUAGGAAGCUGCUGCGCUCCAGCUCUCUGGGCAGUGUUUCUCCUGCCAGACUGACCCACAGCUCACUACCCAGCAGCCCUGCACUGCCUGUCUGUAAAGAUGAGGAUGAGGUGUUUGAGUUUCCAGCUGUCACACCAGCAGGUCCGGCUCUGGACACUCAGUCCAUCACACUGAUGACCGGUUCGGCCCAGAGGAUCUCCGUGCGCCUGCAGAGGGCCACCACCAGCCAGGCUACCCAGACUGAGCCGCUGUGGCCAGAACACAGCUGGGGGGCCACGGACGGCGGCUCCCACACUUUCCCCAAAAUGAAAUACCGGCCUCACAGGAAGACCUCUAAAAAUAAAGGUUUUGCACGCUGGGAAAACCAGAACGACGGCCAGCGGCAGGCGCUUUCCUCACAGUGCAGCACAGACUCUCAGGAGAAGACAGGAGAGCGCGUACAAAACGGCAUCACACACAGAGGGAAGGACAGCUGACUUGGUCACGGUGGUGAAGGCCAGUCCCGGGGAUCCAGAAAGCCCCUGACGGCUGCGACCAGGAAGCUCUUCUCUUUGGGGGAGGUACUGGGCUGUCUGAGGUCCCCCCUCAGUGACCUGGAGUUAUCGUGUCCUCUCUAGACUUCAUAACACACAGAGCUGCACGUGGACGACCGGUAGCUGCAGGGGAAGGACGUAACGCAUGAUCUCUGAAGAGGAUCUCAGAGAUCGCGGAGACGAGCUUAGCGGAUGGUGAAUGAACACCCACUGUGGAUCACAUGGAACCUAACCUCCAUCCUGGAAAUCAGAGGAGAUUACUACUCUCUGAGUAAGACUUAACCUGGGUUCAGGUGUUAUUCCAGGAUGCAUGAUAAAAAUCAGCACUUGACGAACUAAGAAGGAACAUUUUUUUAAACUUUGGAUGGAAUGAGUUGAGUUUAGUGGGUUAUGCUGGCCAGUUACUUUUCAACCCAGCCUUUAAAAUCAAGCCUGGGCCAUGUGUCAAGUAAAAAGACUACUGCUUCAGGUUCUUUGUAUCACUGUGGAACAAACGAGUUGGAAUGAACAGAGAAGGGAAGAUCCAGUAGACGUGGGAGAAUGUGUACAUAUUUGUAUGUGGAGUUGUAAAAAAUAAAGGGAAAGUCAAACUGAAAGUGAAUGUUAAGGAUGUUAAUGAUGGACAAUUCUGCAGAACUCUGGAUUAUAUUCAAUGAGGAUGUUUUUUAGAGCUCAUUGCAAACAUUUUUUAAAUUAUUUAUUUCUAUAAUAUCUGCAUUUGGCAACUGCAGUGCAGUUAAUCUGCUUGUUGUCUUAAGGGUCAAAGUUAAUGCUCACAAUCUCUCUCUCUCUCCUCCCCCCCCCCCCCCCCCCCCCAGAAUGCAAGUUCAUGGCUAUUACUGGUCGUUUGUCCUUUUACAUGUGAAGACUGUCUUUUAGUCUCUUUUGACAUUUAAAUAAAUCUUUUACAGAUGAAAAGAAUUAUUAAUACAUAAGUUAUAACAGCUUUAAAGAAACAGAGUAAGAAAAAGAGAAUGUAUGUGUUUUAAAAAACAAAACUUGACCACGGCCGACUUUGUUUCACACAAAAUUAGAAACAAAAAAAAACAAAAUAAUAUAAUCAUCUCUUGCAGUGGAUUCAGGUACAAAUAUUUCUCCUUUUGCUAAACGGUGAGCAACACAAAGUGAGGGGGAACUGAAUCCACCUGAGACUGCAGACAUGGUGGGUGAUAGGAAAAACCAAUUCUGACCCCAAAGAGGGACUGUGAAAUCAAACACAAUGUGAGAAAUAUGUCUGUAGUGCUCGUGCAGGAAAACGUAUUAAUGAAAGAAAAUAAAAAAGACUGCUGCUGUGUCUCAAAUCGUGUACUUCUGUACAUACACUUAAUAUUUUGAGUGCAUAAGUGUGUUCACACUGAAAGGAUGUUAAAAUGCAGUGCACUAUGGUGCACUCAAAACGGUCAAAAAGUUGUAGUGUGUAACUACGGACACUUCUCGCCCUCAACGGACGCCGUCUUGGCUACAUAGCGGAAAAAGCUGGGGACCACUUUUCAAACAAGAAAUGGUGAAUGAGGACGUUGUAACUACGGUGAACAUCGCUGCUUUAUAAUAAUGUCAAUUAUACAUGUGUUUUUUGCACUAAGCACCAAUAUACUGUUGUCACAUAAGCCAUAAGUAGGUUUAUUGGGUUAAUUAGGCAUUCUGUAAUGGUUUGGUACAGCAAAAUAAAAUUAGCAACGCUAGCUAAUUGUCUUUUUCGAUAAGUGUGCGAUGGCUCUGUUUGAUUUGAGACAACACUAACCUGUCAAAAUUUGCACACUGCUAAAGUACUAUACAGAAGUAUGUGGUUUGAGACACAGCAAGGGUGCUCAGGUUUCCUAAAAUAAGAGUUUCAGAAAGUUACUACGUUUCUAAAGCGAUCAUAACAUUACACAUCAAUGACAGCAAACAUGGUGUUUAGUAGUAAAAACUAGAGGUGUCGCCUACACUGAAUAAUAAUCUCUCUGUACUGUGUAGAAGAAAAAACACUAAUUCCAAGUUAAAUGGAAGGUUGUUUAUGCUAAAUUGAUUUUCAGGUUGACAAUUGAUUGUUUUUUUUAAGGGUACAGAAUAUGAAGACAACAGGAGGGGUUAUGAUUAGGCAACUGAAACACUUUGUUAAAGAAAAAGUAUGUUUCCAGGUGGUGAAUAUGGGGGG